UGGAGCAGUUUCCAGCGGUGGAAAUGGCGCUUAUCGGUGUCGAAGCCUGAAGUGUGAAGGGAACAAUUCGUGUCUGUAUGGUGAAUUGUCUGGUGGGCUCCGUAUGACUUGUGGUUUGAAACGGAGUUGAUUAUGACAGAAGGGAGAAGAAAUCGGAAGAUUCGUCAAGAAACACAAAACAUUCGUCGCUCGGAUAAAGCGCUUAACAUCUUCGGACAGUGAACAAUGCAUGACUUGACAGCUCAAGUCACCAGCAGCCUUCUGCCUUUCCCAGAAGUGACGAUAAAUGCCUUGGGAGAGGAUGAGAUCACUCUCGACUCUGUGCUACAUGGGAAAUUCACUAUUGGCCGCAGUGGGCUUGCCUGGCUCGCCUGUGGACCCCAUCUGGAGGCUGUCCAUGCAGUGACAGGAGAACGACUGUCUGCAUACAGCUUCAGUGGUGGUGGGGAGCAUCCACCCACUGUUCUUGCUACCAGGGACUUCAGCUGGCUCAAAAGAUCUGGACUACUGGUUGGCUUGGAGGAAGCAGAGGGCAGCGUGCUGUGUCUGUAUGACUUGGGACUGUCAAGGGUGGUCAAAGCUGUGGUUAUACCUGGGAGGAUAACAGCCAUUGAGCCAUUGGUAAGUUAUGGUGGAGCAAGCACCUCAACUCAGCACCUCCACCAGAGUCUGCGCUGGUUCUUUGGGAUUGCUGCAGUAGUGACAGACCUUGGUCAUGUUCUGCUAGUGGAUCUCUGCCUUGAUGACCUGUCAUGCAGCCAGAGUGAACUAGAAGCUUCAGAUCUGCAAGUAGUGACCAAAUCUCCAGCAGAGAUCCCUAGGCUUAGAGAAGUCAGUAGCAGACAGGGCAGACAUCUUUGUCUUCAGCUGAAUGCGCCCACUGGAGUUGGAGCUACAGCUUUGCAGUACAUCUCCAGGACCAACCAGCUGGCAGUGGGAUUUUCUGAUGGUUACUUGCAACUAUGGAACAUGAAGGCUCUAAAGAAGGAGUACCAUUCCCAGUUAGAGGGUGGCAGGGUGCCUGUAUAUGCCUUCACUUUCCAGGAACCAGAAAAUGAUCCUCGGAACUGUUGCUACCUCUGGGCUGUCCAGUCUUCUCAGGACCUUGAUGGAGAUGUGGUCAGCCUCCGCUUGCUCCAGCUGGCCUUCAGUGAAAGGAAGUGUCUUGCCUCUGGGAAGAUCCUUUAUGAGGGCCUGGAGUACUGUGAGGAGCGAUACAGUCAGGAGUUAAGUGGUACAUCUUUUCCUCUCAGGACUCAGGCCACCAACACCCGCUUACUGAACUGCCAAACCAUUGAGAAGUUCAGGCCCCAUCCUGAUCGUGAUGAUAGUAUGAAUGAAGUUGCAUCUCCAGACACCAGCGUGUCUAUCUUCAGCUGGCAGGUUAAGGCCUACGGUCAAGGAAUGCCAGCGACCUUCAUUGGGGUUUUUGACAUCAACCGCUGGUACCAUGCUCAGAUGCCAGAUUCUUUGAGAACUGGGGAGUCUCUACAAAAUUGUCCUUAUCUGGCAGUCUGGUCCCUGGACCCAGUGAUGCAGAUGGUGUCUCCCCAUGUCCUCUUGGACGUGGUGGUGCAUGACCGCAGUCUGAGCAGGGGUCUGCCCUUCACCUGUCCCCCACCGGAACAGUACUUUAACCCCACCACAUACAACUUUGAUGCUACCUGUCUGCUCAACUCUGGAAUUGUGCACUUAACCUGCUCUGGGUAUCAGAAAGAGACUCUGAGCUUUUUGAAAAAAGCUGCUCCUUGUUCCAGUGACGUCAUCUCCACUAGCUAUUCUCGCUGCCUCAUGUCCGGUCUACUCUCAUCUCGCCUGGCGGACACCCAGGCUUCCAGCCUCUCUCAGGAGGAGCAGCUGGAUGCAAUCUUAUCCACAGCUGUGGAAACGAGCUCUUUGGGUUUGAUCACUGGCUGUAUCAAACAGUGGACUGCAGAGGAGCAACCAGGCUCUGCUCUGAACCUGCGCUACAUCCUGGAUUGGGCGUGGAACAAAGUUGUCCAAACCAAAGAGGAGCUGGAUGGCAUCUGUGCACCACUGUUUGACAGCUCGUCAAACUUCACAGACCCUCAGACGAUGCAGCUGCUACAGCACAGCCAGAGACUGCUCAGUAACCUCAGCACCAUCUUCCAUUGUCUGCUCAGUGAAGCUCAGGAACUCACUCAAAAAGGACUGGUGGGUCUGAUGAACAAGAACAUGGUGUCCAGUCUGAUUUCUAAAUAUGCUCAGGUGGUCCUCUGGUUUUGUCGCACUGGUCUACUGCCUGAGGGACCAGAUGAUGAUGCGCUUCAGAUUUCCAGGCCUUUCUACACCCACUCAGUCAUCAGCAGUUACUACACUAUACGCAGAGAAGAACUCACCAGACUGGCCAAAGGCAAGUGGUGUGCAGACUGCCUGAUGAUUGAUGGUUUGGUUGGCCAGUGUGGAGAAGGCUUAUCCAACCUGUGGAAGAGGGACGAGGGUGGAACAGGCCAAUACCCACCUCCUACUUUACAUGCCUUGCUGGACAUUUAUCUACUGGAUAAUAUUGAUGAAGCUACCAAACAUGGAAUUGUGAUUUACCUUUUGCUGGAUGUCAUGUACUCCUUCCCCAAUAAGGAGGGAGCAUCAGUGGAGUCUUUCCCCACAGCUUUUGCCAUUCCUAUUGGACUGGUCAAAUUAGUGCAAGGACUCUGGCUGCUGGACCAUCACGACCACCAGAGUUCGUUUGAGCUGCUCCUACAUCCAGCUGCGUCUCAGUGUCAGUUUGAGUGGCAGCAUGAGCGUGUCCUGCAGGCACUGAUGUGCCAGGGUCAACACUCUGUGGCACUGAGAUACUUUCAUGUUACAAAACCUCCAAUUUCCUCCACCACUCAAGCCAAACUCUGUCUCUCUGUUCUGCUACAUAAUAGAUGUCUCAUAGAGGCGUGGUCCUUGAUUCGGCAGCACUCAAGUCGCCUCAACAUGGGUGAACUUCUGGGCUUUCUUUAUGAGAACUGCCAGGAACUGGGCCUCAUCAAAGAGCUGCUCAAACUACCCCUGGGCCUACCUGAGCAGGAGUGCCUGGAGAAGUUUCUCCAGGGUACUGGGGGUCUCCAGAACAGAGAGCUGCUGAUGGUGCAUUACCUUCAGCAGGCGAACUACAUACCUGCCCUGCAGCUCAACCACAGCCUGAAAAUGAACCUGGUGAAUGAGAGAGACCCGAAGCUUAAAGAGCGGUCCAAUACUAGGAACUCUAUUUUGGAUCAGUACGGCAAAGUUUUGCCCAGGGUCCAGAGGAAACUAGCAAUGGAGCGAGCAAAGCCUUACCAGCAUCCUGGCACAAUCCACAGAGAAGUCUCUCGGCCGCAACCACUAUCAACUAUCACCAAACGCUCUGCUGGUGAGAAGGUGAUGUCAAGGGCUGGCUUCAUCAACAAUGUCCUCACCAAGAUUGAGGAGGUAUGGUUAGGAAAAGGAGCCACUCCACAGUCUUCCCCAGUCAAGAGCCCUAGAGCAACAGACAUCUGCAGCCCCAGCCCUAAGCCUUCCUCCCUGACUCUUCCUGAUCCUUUCUUGGGAACCCCUAUCACCAUGACAUCCAAGCGAAAGUCAAGGCUAAUGGAGUUGGUGGUUCACCCCUCUUGUCAGACCCCUCGGCCCAUCGUCAGCCCCCCAAGACCUCCCACUUCCUGGGUAUCUCCAAAGAGCAUCGGCAAGGCUCCAGAGCUCAGUCUGCUACAAACUCCACAAGUUGUCAAGCGGGCUCGGGCCUUGGCUGCUUCAGGUCCAGUGUUCUCAGCCUUCACCCCUCAGUCCAUCCUGCGCAGCAGCCUGAGGCCCACACCUGUCGCCACCCCAUCAGCCUCCCCUGGGCGCUCCAUCACACCACCCCUUCGCAAUAAAGAGAACAGAAUCACCUUCAUUGAAGAGGCAGAAUCUCCUGAACCAGAAAAGAGCAUCCGAUGGACCAAUGGGAUGGCAGCAGAGAGUGAGAUUAGUUUGCUGACUAGAGGAACGACGUUGUCCAAGGCAGCUCAUAAGACCUGGUCCCCACAGCCUGCUGAGGAGGAAGCAGAUGAACCAGAAGAAGAGGCACAGCCUCAUGUUAAGUUCCUUCCUCCAGAAGGUGGAAUUCCUUCUCCACAGCUGAGAUGCUCUGAGAGUGAAUCAUCCUCCAUCCAUGAAGUUACAGAAGAAACUGGACCAUCAGCAUCAUCACAUGCCCAAGUUUCCCUGAGCUUUGAAACCAGCCACACAUCUGUACGUUCAACAGACACAACUUUAGAGUAUUAUGAUGCACCUCUGUCACAAGAUCAGGAAGGGGAGGAGAGCCCUGUGGAUAAAGAUGAGGAUGAUGGGGUAGUGAUAGUGACAAUCAAAACCCCUGAAGAAAAAGAAGAACUGGAGCAAGAACCUGCAUCAGCAGCUGAACAGGCCCCUCUCCUAUCAUUGAAUGAAGGGGAUGGGGUGAAGGAGGAUGAAACGUUUGAAGAUUUAAUGGCGGCUUGUCCUGAACAGGAGGACAAAAGGGAAGUAGUAGUUGAGUCUGAAAAGGAGGAUGAAGUGGAUGUUGAAUCAAGUACAAAACAAGAAGAUAAUGUAACUCCUGAUCCAGGAGAGCUUUCCAGUCAUGGUUACAACCAGGUGAUGGAAGGCACAGAGUCAGUCACUGAGUCUGCCCCAGAUGUAGAAUUACAGGAUCAGUCAGUGAAACCUGAGGCCCAGGAUGACCUCUCAGAGGCCAUUGAAGCUCCAGAGUUCACUGAAGGCAUGAAACCAUCUGAAUCCACUGAAGCUGCAAAGGAACCAGAAGACGAUCUGGAGCAACCAACAGAUCUGACAGACUUUGUCCAGCAGCAUCUGUUUGGCAGUGAUGUGGCUUCCCCUCUAACCCGCUCAGGAAUACACAAUGCAUCAAAGACCGAAGUGUCAUUCAACAGUGAAUUACUACAGGAGGAAGAAGAGGAGCUCACAGCUGCUAAACCUGCACUGAUGCUCACCACCCAAAAAUCUAUCACCUCUGUAACAUCCUCAGAGCCAACUGGCACCGACUCUCACUCUGUUGUGAGCGUUAAUGACAGUGAAGAACUUUCUAGUCCUGCCUCAGAAGAAGAAGAAGAUGAGGAAGAGGAUUCUGAUCAAGCCGAAGAGGAGGAGGAGGAAGAGGAAGAAGAUGAGGAGGAGGAAGAGGAGGAGGAGGACUCAGGCAGUGAGGUGGAGAUAAUUGAGGAAGUCCAGGGUAACGGAAGGCUGUCACCCCUCCAGCCUGGUUCAGUCUUUGUGCAACAGGGACAAGCCCACUUUUUGCCACCUUUGUCAGAGCAGGAGGCUGAAGUGUUCUCUGCAGAGAUGAAGUUAGUAGAAGAUGAAAUGGAAGGUGAGGUGGUGAUGGUGAGACUUGGGGCUGACGAAGAAGAGAUUAAUCCAGAUGAGGACGACGAACAAGGAUCAUCCUACAUGGAGCUCAAACCUUCAACCACUCUGUUGGUACCUCUGGAGCUUGUGGAGGAACAGGAUGGCCUGGUCCAUAGUUCUCAGCUGGGUCUUAAUGAGCUUCACCAUACCUGUGUGCCAAAUGACCUAAGGCCUGAAACCCACAGCACCUUCUCUCUGAUGCUGGAUGUGGAUGAAGAUGGAGAAAAAGAGGCAGAUGUGCUGGACAAUGACCCGCUGUCCUCCAACCCUUACCAGUCAGAGGUCACUGAUGAACCAGCAGCCACACCAGAGGUCAUCCUUUUGACCAAAAAUGACGGAGUUACUCCCCCCUCAGGAGAAGGCGCUCAGGAGGAGCUUAGGGUAGAGAUGGAAGAACUGAGCAGAACCGAAGUAGAUAAACCAGCAGAGUUGGAACCUGUAGAAUGUCAAACUGACCUUCAAGAGGAGCCUGGGGUAGAGAUGGAGGAAUCGAGCAGAACUGAAGUAGAUAAACCAGCAGACUUAGAACCUGUAGAACCUCAAGCUGACCUUCAAGCUGAGCCUGGGGUAGAGAUGGAGGAACUGAGCAGAACUGAAGUGGAUAAACCAGCAGACUUAGAACCUGUAGAACCUCAAGCUGACCUUCAAGAGGUGCCUGGGGCAGACCUAGAGGAACUGAGCAGAACUGAAGUGGAUAAACCAACAGAGUUACAACUUGUAGAACCUCAAGCUGACCUUCAGGAGGAGCCUGGGGUAGAAAUGAAGGAACUGAGCAGAACUGAAGUGGAUAAACCACCAGACUUCGAACCUGUAGAAGUUCAAGGUGACCUUCAGGAGGAGCCUGGGGUAGAGAUGGAGGAACUGAGCAGAACUCAAGUAGAUAAACCAGCAGAGUUAGAACCUCAAGCUGAUCUUCAGGAGGAGCUUGGGGUAGAAAUGGAGGAACUGAGCAAAACCGAAGUAGCUAAACCAGCAGAGUUAGAACCCGUAGAACAUCAAGUUGACCUACAAAAUGAAAACACUGAAGAAAAAUACAUGAUAGAAGAUGUAGAACAAAAGAAGGAAGUGGAAUUGGUAAUGUUGGCUGAGGAUAAUGAACCUCCAACUGUUUCUUUCUCUGAGCCAACACCAGCAGAACCCCCAGUUAUUAAGGAUGGCAAUGAUAUUGGAGACUCGGCAGUAAUGACAGAUGCUCUUGUUCAAGAGGAAAUGAAAGAGGAGGAUGAUAAAGCAACAUCUGCUGAGGAUCAGAAGGAGCUUGAGGGAAAUGUGCCUUUUGAAAAGGAUGUACCAGAACCCCAAAGUGGAGAAACAGUGGCAGCUGUAGAGGAGGAGCAGGAAUAUACAGCUUUAACAAAUGCAGAAAAUGACAACCAAGAAGAAAUUCAGGAAAGGAAGGAAACCAAAAGGGCAGUGGGAAGACCUAAAAAAGUUAAAAAGAGUGAUGAGGAGGAACCUGUGCAGCAGGCUGUGGACUCUGAUACCCAGCCAGAGGAAAACCCUGUGUUGGACACGUCAAGGUCUCAGAGAAAAAAGAAAGCUCCCUCUACCCCAACAAGGAGGACCACAAGAACGAGGAGGACAGUUACCUUCAUCUCCCCUUGUCUGAGGAGUCGGUCAGAAGAAGAGGAAGGGAAGGUACAGGAAGUAGAGACUAGCUCUGCAGUCCCUAUGUCCCCCAGUCGCACACCUCGAAAAGGGAGACAGGUCAAAGAAACCACCGUCGGCACACUUCGAAGAAGUACUCGCAAGGUUCGGCCUGAGCCUCCUAAGCAGGAGGAGGCAGAUGAUGCAGAGGAGGCCAUAGAUAAUGAUACCACAGUUGCAAGUCCCUCCAGGGUCUCUUCUCCUGGCAGACGACAAGCUUCACAGAGGGCGACCUCGACAAGAACCAGUCAGCGGAACCGAAGCAUCAGUGAGGAGGUUACAACAGACACAGAUGUGGAAAUUAAGGAAGACAAGGGAGAAACUGAUGAGGUGAAGCAUCCAAAGUUUUCUGGACGACGCAGUGCCAAGACUCCCACCCCAGCCAAAGGCAGGACUACUCAGCCCAGUACCCCAAGGAGGUCUAGCCGCAGGAUACUGAGUAGCAGUGAGGAGACACCAACACCGUUAGAAGUCCUGAAAGAGGAAGAGGAGAGCGCCCCUCCUGUCAAACACAGCUCCAGAAAGAGGAAGACACAAGUGGCACAGCCUGUCCUGAUAGAGGAAGAGGAGGACAGAAAACCACAGUCUCCCAGCCCUGGAAGAGGGACUCGUCAGUCCAACCGGACUGCCCUAAAUAUUUAUCCACAAGUGAAACUGGUUCCUCUGUCAUAUCCUCAGAGUGUAAAAAAGAUACAAGGAGAGACCAUUAUUGAAACCAUUAAUGCAACCGGGGAUCGACCUAAACGGGACCUGAAUACUUCAGCCAGUCAAACCACCACUCGUCGGCCAACUAGAAGCAAACUCUGGGACCACCCUGAGGAAGACCUGCUUUUACUAGACUCUCCAUUGGAGGUGGAUUCUGAAAUCCCUGUUGCAGAUGCCCUCAUCAAGAGGCUCCAGGAUGAGGAGGAGAAGCAGGAAGCCUCCAGAGAAGUGUUGCCUUAUCCAAUUGACGAGUCUACAGCUCCUGUCACUUCGAAGCAGAAGAGGUGCCAAAGCCGCCACCAUUUCACCUCAGGUAAUAAUGAAAUUGCCUCAGAGGAAGAUAAUGUGGAAGUGGAUAAAGUAGCAGCAGCUGUUUCUAAAACCAGAAGAACUGGCAAGGCGAAACGGCCAGUAAGAGCCUCUGUAUCCAAGGCGGUUCUAGAGCCAGCUCCAGUGGUGGAGGUGGACCUGCUGUCCCCUGCCAGCCCAGCAGAACCAGUCCCACGAGCUCAGAAGAGGACGAAGGAGUGCGAACGUCCCGCCCUCAUGAUGAACCUCCGUCGCAAACGCCAUAAUGGACACACUUUUACGAAACCUCUCACACGGAGGAAAGAAACUCUGAGGUCAGCGGUGAAAACCAUCACCCACCUGGUCCAACAGUCCUGAGACUCUGAACUGACCAAGCCAGGUGAUGUCAAAAUAACGCAUAUGGUCAUAACGGUUCUUUGUCUCCAGAUGCCUCACCACACUGCAGUGGUCUUUGUUUAUUAACUCUCCUCUAGGACAAUACAAUAAAUCCAACGUCAGCAUGAAAAAUAUUUUUGGGACAAAACACACUGGUACAUAGCAGUGUGAGAGAGGACUUUAUUUUUGGAGUUUACAUGUCCCUCUCCUAUAAACUUGAUUAUCUGUGGCCAUGUUGUGUGGGACAAUGGACGGCCAUGCUGUAAUCAGCUUUUCUGGCACUAAAUGGCACAAGGUGAUGGCGAUCAAUAACAAUUUUUUAGAAGCUCCCAUAAACAAAACCAGAGACUGGAUUAAAAUUGCUUGUGAUAAAGAGGUUCUAUUUACAUUCUCUUAAAUUUUAUUUUUUUGUUAUUUACUUUUACUACGUAUUGAGGCCUGCUGUUUUUUCUAUUUUAGAAGAAAAGCAACCAACUCGGUGGAAAUGACCCGUUUCUACAGAUGAUAUUGUAUAUAGUCUUUUGUUAUGUUCCAAAUAAAGGUAAUAAAUAAAUCUUAAAGAAUUAUGUUCAUUUUGAAGUUUAAAGUGUUGAAAAUGCAUUUGAUCAUCUAAUCUGACAGCCUAUGCCGUAGUCUUAAACCUGAUUGGUUUGUUUUGGGGGGGGUUCAAUGAUAAUGCACAGAUUUGUACACUCUUAAACAGAUUUGGACUGUUUGUACGUACAUGGGGUUGUAUAUUGUGACAGAAAGUGACUUGCACAGUGGUUUGAGUUGUUGAAUUUGGGACUUGUUGAUAGGCUUGUUUAAUUUUAUGGCGACCACCAUCACAAACAUAGGCUAUUUUCUGACGAAUGUAUGUAGAAUGUCUUAUUUUUGAUGACCGCUCUUUGAUAAAUAUGGUAAAGCUUGAAUACUUCUCUA